AUGAGGAAAAAUAAAGUGGCGAAGCUAUUGGAAACUUAUUUUGGCAUUGAAGAUAAAUAUCUGAGCUAUUUAAAGAUUGACAGGAAUAUGUAUUUAUUUGACAAUGACCAUCGGGUUUCAAAACUUAUUACGUUUGAUGUUGAAACACACAAUGAACGAGAAGAGAAUUUUAAAAUUCCAUGUCUUGGCCACGGAACAUGCAUAGUUUCUCUUCCAAAUUGUAAAAUAUUUUGCUACGGAGGCUCAACCAGUAGAGUAAAUAAUUGAACAUGCAUAAUAGACAGAAAAAGAUUUCUCAUUACGCAAUUGUUGACUCCUGGAGCUCGCUCUAAAUUUGCUGCAGGUAUAUAUUUUGAAGGCCUCGUUUAUAUAUUUGGAGGCGAUGAUACUAGCCACCGUGCAGAAAAAUUUGAUAUUCUGCAAAAUCGUUGAUUUAGGCUUGCGAGUGUCCCAGCUUAUUGUAGAGAUUGCUCUUGUGCGUUAUUUAAGAAUUCAAUAUAUCUUGCUUUAAAUCGAGAAUCAAAAAUAUAUCAAUAUGAUAUCUCAUUAGAUAGCUAUGCUGAUAUUGAAGUUCCUAAUAAGCCAUUUGCAAUUUCAUGCUCAGAACAAAGAGGGUAUAUUUUUGAGCAUUAUGGAGGGAGCAUAUGUGAAAGCGAAAUUGAUAAUAUGCAUGCUUGGACUCCAAUUGGAGUUUUUUCAGCUGUUUUUCAUGAUCAAGUCUUUACAAGAUACUGAGAAAAUGCAGUUUAUAUUGGAUUGUAUGCUUAUGAAUCUGACAAAAUUACUAUGGAUUUUUACGUCUAUAAAUUUGACUUGAAGAGAAAAGGAGAGGCUUAUAAAAUAGCAAAUUUAAACGGCAUAUCAAUGCUUUAA